AUGACCAAGGCCUUCCUCAUCAAGACUGCCGCAUUGGUGGCGACAGCACUUGCCUCAGCCGAUGCUCAAUUGGAGACUGUGAAGCUCAAGCACCCAAGCGGCUCCAGUGCUGAGGUGUUCCUCUUCGGUGCCCACGUCAAGUCGUUUCGCGCCGCUGUCGACCCCGAGCUCGACAUUCUCUUCAUGUCGAAGGGGUCGUUCUUGGACGGCAUCAAGCCCAUUCGCGGUGGCAUCCCUCUUAUCUUUCCCAACUUUGGCAGUCUAGAAGGAUUCCCAAGCCACGGGUUCGCCCGCAUCACCAAUUGGACCCUUGUCAGCCACGAGGAUGCGAAAGAAAAGGAGAGCCCCAGUGUGGCCACGUUUUCAAUGGCGUCGAGUGACUCGACCCGUACCAUCUGGCCCGUGGACUUUGAGCUCACGUACGAGGUCAAGCUGUAUGCCGAUCAGCUCAAAACGGCUCUGCAUGUGCGCAACACGUUUGAGAAGCCGAUUGAUUUCCACGCGCUGCUGCACAACUACCUGUGGGUGGACGACGUGCGCGACAAGGGCGUGCAGGUGAAAGGGCUCAAGGGCGUCGAGUACUUUGACAAGGUGAGCAAGACGAACGAGACCGAGACCCGUGAGCUCAUUGACUUUUCGGCCCAGACGGACAAUGUGUACCGCAACGCCCCAGACCUCGUGUCUGCUAUCAUCAAGGGCGUCAAGGCUAUCGACCGUACGGUGACAGUUGAGAAAAGUGGCUCCAUCACUGGCGGGGCCGGUACAAAAUCAGGCGUCCGCGACCCGGACGAAGCAAAAGGAGUCGAGACCGAGACGGACAUUGUCCUGUGGAACCCGUGGGCCGAGCGUGCGGCGACCAUGGAGGACUUUGUGGCUGAAGAGUACAAGAACAUGGUGGCCAUUGAGCCAGGACGUGUGAGCGAGAAGCAAGUUCUGCCUAACGGCCAGACGUACACGUUGCAGCAGAUCAUCUCUGUCCGCACAACGUAA